AUGCCUACUUGCGAUGGAUGUCAGCAUCUCUUCACUAAAAAUGGUUAUUCUCGCCACCUAGCUCAAUCUAAGAAUCCUGCUUGCAUCAUCAUAUAUGAGCAGAUGCAAAACUACGUACCUUCGGCACCAAAUCUACAUUCCGAGCCACAUCCUCCGAGUCCAACAACUGCAAAGGUAUCCAAAGUACAACACCGAUCUGAUGGCGCAGUCUAUGAGCAUGAAUUGGACAACUUCGAGUCAGAUGAGAACCCACCUCCCAAUAUAUUUGAGGGCAACUACUUUAACACUGCAGCUGAGGACCUGGAAUGGCCUGAGGAUGAUGCUGAAGAAGACACUGAAGGUGAUGGCUUGGAAUCAGAGGAAGAGGAUAUGGAGGCUGAAGGAGCAACCAUUGAAGAUCAGGAUUUGCCUAUGGAUGAAGACACAACUUCCGACACUCACAGCACUGAUCAAAAUUGUGCUUGCCGGCAUGAUGCAGAAGCCCCACUAUUUCAACGACCACAUAUUGUUAAGUUCCCUCUUCGCAAUGCAGGAGCUACCCAGGACUUGGAGAAUUCAGACUCGGACCCAGAUGAAGAGUGUCAUCAGACUGGCUACCGUUGCUAUCAUCAGCAGGUGUCCUCUGCCGAGGAGGAUGGAAUUUGGGCACCUUUCACAUCUCGAAUUGACUAUGAGGUUGCCCACUGGGCCAAGACACAAGGCCCUGGUUCUACAUCGUUCUCAGACCUGCUCGAAAUUGAAGGAGUUUGCGAGAAGCUAGGGCUGUCAUACAAGAACUCCCGCGAACUAAACAAAAUAAUUGAUACAAAGAUACCUGCACGCCAGCCUCGCUUCCAGCGUAAGGAGAUUUUGGUGGCGGGUGAAGCUUUCGAUCGCUUUAUGGGGGACCCAGAGUUUGCACCUUACCUUGUAUUUGUCCCAGAGCGGCACUAUACAGAUCAAGACGAGACGCAAAGGCUAUACCACGAUCUACACACUGGCAAAUGGUGGUGGAAUACACAGAAGCACCUUGAGAAAGAGAAACCAGGCACCACCGCUAUACCGAUCUUGUUGUCAUCUGACAAAACGCAAGUAACAAUGUUUAGGAAUAAAGCUGCCUACCCCUUAUACAUGACUAUUGGAAACUUGCCCAAGGAGAUCUGUCGACGUCCCUCUCGCAGUGCUCAGAUACUCCUCACCUAUCUGCCCACCACCAAGUUAGAACAUAUCACCAACAAAUCAGCGAGACACCGAAGUCUCACGAAUCUAUUCCAUGCCUGCAUGCGCCAUGUUGUUGAGUCACUGGUAGAGCCAGGUAUCAAUGGGAUGGCAAUCAUGAACGGAGAUGGUGCAUUAUGGCGUGGGCAUCCUUUGGUUGCCUGUUACAUUGAAGAUUACCCUGAACAGCUCCUCGUCACAGGCAUCAAAACUGGUGAAUGUCCGAAGUGUGAUAUUCCAUUGGACGAACUUGGCAGUAAGGAUUUGCCUUUUCACACCCGUGAUCUGGGUGACAUUCUUGAUGCACUCGCUCUUGUCAAUGAAGACCUUAUGAGUUUACUAAGGCCUGUCGCAGUGCGGGAAUCAAACCCCUCUAUCAUCCUUUCUGGGAAGACCUGCUGCAUUGUAACAUAUUUCAUGCCAUCACUCCCGACAUCUUGCAUCAACUGUACCAAGGACUCGUCAAGCACCUGA